GGAGGGGAAAGAGCGAGGGCGAGCUCCCAGCAGCGCGCGCUGACGACAGCAGGUGAUUUUUUUCUGCAGCGCGCUUUCUCUCAUCAUCUUUCCUGGUUCCCCCUGCCGAGCCGUAGAUAAGGGUGGGGCCGCUUCCCUGCAGCAGAGACGGCAGCGGCCGUGGCUGCAGCAUCAUUGGGAGCAGCUGCUGCAGCAAUGCUUGGUCUCCGCUGGAGGUGAUCGCCUCCGAGCCCUGCCUGCUAGGUGGCCGGCUGCGACGGGACGCCUCGGAGUAGGAAAAUAGAGCCUCGUUCGUGGACCCGAAAGCCACACUCCUCGGCCUUUCCUCUACGCCAUGGCUUAAGCCCGCAGCCACCUCGCCUCGCGUCGCCUCGCUUGGCCGGGGUCUGCGCGCCGCCGCCACAGCAGGGAGGGGCGCGACCCAGACGCCCUCGCCCGGGGACUCGGGAACGCCUUGUGUCUCAACCAUCGGUGCCCACAGCCGACAGCUCUCCCAAGACCUUUGCAGGCGGCUCCCGGAGGCGUUUGCAGACGGUAAUCGGGGGACUUUAUGGACUUUAUCUCAGUGAUAGCUUGACCUUCCUGGGUGCUCUCCGAGGGAGGAGACCGAGGUAGCUCAGGCCACCGAGGGAAAAACAGUGGGAACCAGAUUAGCGACUGGUCGAGGGCCAAGGGACUGAAGUAAGAUUAGAGACUUGCUUUAGAACCACAAAAAAGAAAGAGGGAGGGCCAGCUUUGCAGCUAGCAUCAUGGCGUGGCCGUGCAUCACGCGGGCCUGCUGCAUCGCCCGCUUCUGGAACCAGCUGGACAAGGCGGACAUCGCUGUGCCGCUGGUUUUCACCAAGUACUCGGAGGCCACCGAGGCCCCGAGCGCCCCGCCGCAGCCGCCGCCGCCGCAGCAGCAGGCGCAGCCGGCGCACGCACCCCCCUCGGCGCGGGCGGUCGCCAUAGAGACGCAGCCGGCCCAGGGAGAGUUGGAUGCAGUUGCCCGGGCAACGGGGCCGGCGCCGGGGCCUAGCGGCGAACGCGAGGCGGCGGCUGCCCCCGGCCGGAGCGGGCCCGGCCCCGGCCCGGCCUCCGGCUCCGCCUCCAGCGCGGGCCCCGCGGACUCGGUGAUGCGUCAGGACUACCGCGCCUGGAAGGUGCAGCGGCCCGAGCCGAGCUGCCGGCCGCGCAGCGAGUACCAGCCUUCCGACGCGCCCUUCGAGCGCGAGACCCAGUACCAGAAGGACUUCCGCGCCUGGCCGCUGCCGCGCCGCGGAGACCACCCGUGGAUUCCCAAGCCCGUGCAGAUCCCCGCGACCUCCCAGGCUUCGGUGCCAAUUCUCGGGGCGUCCAAGCGCCGGCCGCAGAGCCAGGAGCGCUGGCCCGCGCAGGCCGCCGCCGAGGCCCAGGAGCAGGAGGCGACCCCUGGCGGAGCGGGUGGCCUCGCAGCCGGAAAGCCCUCCGGUGCCGAUGAGCGCGACACACGCAGGAAGCCCGGGCCCGCCUGGAUGCUGCGUCGCGCCGAGGGGCAGGGGCCGGAGCAGACGCCGCUGCCCGCAGCCCAGGCCCAGGUCCAGGCCGCGGUCCCUGAGGGUGGCAAGGGCCGUGCAGCGGCGGACGCCCUCAACAGGCAAAUCCGCGAGGAGGUGGCGAGCGCGGUGAGCAGCUCCUACAGAAAUGAAUUCCGAGCAUGGACGGACAUCAAGCCUGUGAAACCAAUAAAGGCCAAGCCCCAGUAUAAGCCCCCAGAUGACAAGAUGGCUCAUGAGACCAGCUACAGCGCCCAGUUCAAAGGGGAGGCCAAUAAGCCAACGCCAGCCGACAAUAAGGUGAUUGAUCGCAGAAGAAUACGCAGCCUCUACAGUGAACCUUUCAAGGAACCCCCAAAGGUGGAAAAACCUAGCGUUCAGAGUUCCAAACCAAAAAAGACCUCAGCAAGCCAUAAGCCCCCGCGGAAGGCCAAAGACAAGCAGGUGGUGUCGGGCCGGGCUUCCAAGAAAAAGAGCACAGAGGGUGCCAGUGCCGCCCAGCCUGAUGACAAGGAGCAAAGUAAAGAGAUGAACAAUAAACUGGCUGAGGCUAAAGAGAGCCAGGUUGAACUCACCAGUGAUUCACGUAAGAAUCGAGGUCCUGUAGCCACAGAGCCAGACAAGGAUCAAAGUCCUAUGGGCCCAGGGCCUCUGAAAGAUCAAGGUCCUGUGAUCCAAGAUCGUCCAAAAGAUCAAGGCCCUAUGGUCCCAGAGCCUCUGAAGGGUCAAGCUCCUGUGGUCUCGGGGCCUCUGAAAGAUCUAGGUCCUGUGGGCCCCGCACCAGUUAAGGAUCAAGAUCACGUGGCCCCUGAGCCUUUAAAGAAUGAAGGGUCUGUGAUCACAGCACCAGUAAAGGAACAAGGUUCCUUGGUCCCGGUGCCUCCAAAGAAUCAAAGUCCCAUGGCUCCAGAAAUAGUUAAGGAUCAAGGUGCCAUGGUACCAGAGCCUCCAAAGGAUCAAGGGCCCAUGGUCCCAGCGCCUGUCAAAGAUCAAAGCCCCGUGGUCCCUGAGCCUGUGGAUCAAGGUCCCAUGGUCUCAGCACCUGGCAAAGAUCAAGGUCCUAUGGUUCCAGAGCAUCUGAAGGAUCAAAGUGCCACGGUCAUAGCACCUAUAAAGAAUGAAAGUCCUGUGCUCUCUGAGCCUGUAAAGAAUCAAGGUUUAGUGGUUCUGGAGCCAGCCAAGGAUCAAAGUGGAGUGGCCCCAGAGAUUCUGAAGGAUCACGAUUCUGUGGUUGAGGCACAGGUAAAGAAUCAAGGUCCUGUGGUCCCAGCACUAGUCAAGGAUCAAGGUCCCAUGGUCCCAGAGCCUCCAAAGAAUCAAGAUCCCGUGGUCCCUGAGCCUGUGAAGAAUCAAGUUCCCAUAAUCCCGGUGCCUCUGAAAGAUCAAGACCUUCUGGUGUCACCACCAGCAAAGGACCAAGGUCCUGUGGUCCCUGAACCUCUGAAGACACAAGGUCCCAAGGGCCCUCAGCUGCCCACUGUCUCACCUCCACCCCCAGUCAUGAUCCCAACUGUCCCCCACGCGGAAUAUGUUGAGAGUUCCCCUUGAUACUCACCCCUUGACACACCAAGGAAGGAUCUGGCGGUGGAAGUGCUCCCUCCCAGGGGCAGCGAAGACACAUAUUUAAUCUGCAUGAAACACACGCUGUAUAGUCUUGCUGGAAUCUAAUAAAGCUGGUCCCUCUGGCGCA